GGGAGAGGAUGAGAGUGGAGAUGGAGAGGAGGCGAGAGGGGGGUUACGAUGAAGAAACUGGACAACCAUAUCCAUACCCUCCAGAGUAUUUUGUACUCAAGGGACAACCAGGUGAAACUGGAAAACCAGGACUAAAGGGCGAAAUUGGAGAAAAGGGACAAAAGGGAGAACCAGGCAUUGGCCACAGAGGGCCAGAGGGCCAGGCUGGUCCUCCAGGACAGAAGGGUGAGCCAGGUGAGCCAGGGCCUCCAGGUGCUCAGGGCAUCCAGGGUAUCCACGGUAAUGCAGGCAUCCAAGGCUCUCCAGGACUCAGGGGUCUCCCAGGGUACCCUGGAGAGCCAGGUAGAGAGGGUGAACGGGGAAAAAGAGGGAAAAAUGGAUCACCAGGACCUCCAGGACCUCAAGGCGCACCAGGACCUGAUGGUCUUCCCGGUGUGUCAGGAGCAAAAGGAGAAAAGGGUGACAGUAUUCCAGGUGAGCCUGGUGCCAGGGGUUUGGCUGGACCCCCAGGGAGACAGGGUGAAAAAGGCACUCUAGGUGUCAAAGGAGUUACUGGUCAUAUUGGUGCAAAGGGCCUACGUGGCAAUAAAGGUGAAAAGGGAGAUCGCGGGUUGCCUGGAGUCAAAGGAGAAAGGGGGAGUGUGCUUCAACUUCAAGGACCUCGUGGGUUCAAAGGUUCCAAGGGGGAGGCUGGUGAGCGGGGUCCACCAGGUUUUGAUGGGGAUAAAGGAGAAAAAGGCGAGGAUGGUCCUCCUGGAGUCAAGGGCCUUAAGGGUGAUGCAGGCACUAAGGGUGCAUUAGGACGAUUUGGAGCAAGGGGACCAGUAGGCCAAAAGGGAGAUCCAGGAGAGCCAGGACUCAAUGGGGUGAUGGGGCGCAAUGGAGAUCAUGGAAAGGAUGGGACCAAAGGGGAUAAAGGAGAUAUAGGGCUACAAGGCCAGAAGGGUGAUCAGGGGGAUCCAGGAGAACCUGGCUUACCAGGAGAGAAAGGGGAGAAGGGAGAGAAGGGUUUCAGAGGUUUUCCUGGGCGCACUGGGAGUUCUGGUUUAGAUGGAGAAAAGGGAGAUACAGGUUUACCAGGAAGCCCAGGCUUACCAGGAAUGAAUGGACUUACAGGGCGCAAGGGUGAUAAAGGACAAGGAGGAAUCAGUGCUGUUGAUGGUGAGCCAGGAGAAAAAGGGGGAAAGGGUGCAGCUGGUUUUCCAGGUUUCCCAGGGUUUAAAGGAUCAGCAGGAAGUCCUGGAAGGGAUGGAGAUAAAGGGCCACCAGGACCACCAGGUGCUCGUGGGGACAUGGGAUCUAAGGGGGAGAGAGGUAGAAGAGGAAGAGCGAAGCCAUGUCAGAGGGGAGUACCAGGGGCACCCGGACUAAGAGGAGAAAAUGGUUCAGCUGGUUUUGAAGGGGUCAAAGGAGAAAAAGGAGAGCCUGGACUCUCAGCAGAAGAGGUGAAGGAGCUUGUCACCCAGGAGGUGGUAGAGAAGUGUGGGUUGGAGUACAAGUUCAUGGUUAAGUCUGUGGAUCCAGAUGCAACAACUACAGAGACUGGAAGUAAAAAUAAGCCAAAAGAAGUAGUGAUAUCAAACACCAGAUACCUCCCUGUGAAAGGGAUGGAAGAGGAGGGUAAAGUUUUGGAAGGGGAGAGGACAAGGCCUGCUGCUGUGAACCUUGGAGAAGAAGUUAUCUUAUCAAACUAUACUGAUUCUCACAAUGGAGGGACUGUGGAGUGGAGACAGAGGAAGAAACGAAGGGUAUUUGUAACAAAGCCUGCUAUUACAGACCGCUGCCUGGAGCCCCUGGCAGAAGGAGUCUGUUCAGACUACAUUCUGCUCUGGUACUUCCACUCCCUGUCAGGAGAGUGCAGACCAUUCGUGUAUGGGGGCUGCGGUGGCAACCAAAACCAAUUCUCCUCAAGACAGGAGUGCCAAAGCUGGUGUGGGAUGGAGAGCAAAGCUAAAGGGAACCAGUCAGAUCACAUGAGAGACUCACCAUCCAACAGCUGAUGCGGCGACUGAAAGAAAUCCUGCUCUGAUGAGGUUUUAAUGACACAGUGUUUGGAUGCUGUUGGAGGGAAAAAAUGGCUGAACACAUUGCCAAAGAUUAAAGAUAAACAUGGUGGUAAUUUUUUCUGUACAUAUCUGUGUAAAGUGUACUAUUUUGCAUUUUGUAUUGCUUUUAUUUAUAGAUUUUGUAAUAACAGCUGUGUCAUGAUCUGGUUUGUGGACAAAGUUGUGGAUUUCUAAAUCGAAGCAAUUGAAACAUUUAAAUGAGUCUUUUUAACCCACAUUAUUUGUAUAUUAAUACAUUUCUGAAUUGGUCUGAGCUUUGUAAUGUCAUUUGGUGACCUCAGUUUGUACUACUGAAAAAUUAAAUCCGCC